UUCAUAUGUUGUAUCAGAAGAAUCAAGCUAUAAUUCAUCAUCAGAGCAAAAAAUCAACGAGAUGUCUGGGAGACUCGAGCAUGAGCUAGAGCUAGAUGUGCCAGCCGGUGCGGCGUGGGAUCUCUUCGGCACCCUUCGGAUCGUAGAACUUGCUGAGAAAGAGAUGCCAAGUUUGUUUCAGAAGGUGGAGCUUGUUGAUGGCUAUGGAGGAGUUGGAACUAUCCUCAAAUUUGCAUUUGUACCUGGUACAUCGGGACCAUCGACAUACAAAGAGAAGAUCAUAAAGAUAGACAAUGAGAAUCGGAUCAAAGAAACUGAGAUAAUAGAAGGAGGAUAUUUAGAGAUAGGGUUCACUGAGUUUAGGGUUCGCUUGCAUGUAAUAGAGAAGGGAGAAGAAUCAAGCAUUAUUAAGUCAAUAGUUGAGUAUGAGCUCAGGCAUGGUGCUCCAGCUAAGCUUCAUUCUAUUGUUUCAAAUUCUAUUCAAAAGCUUGCCAACAUUGCUCAAGUCGCCAAACUUCAUCUCAACAAAAACAAUAAGCUUGUCGGUCAACAAGCCUAGCUAGCUAGCUCAUCUAUAUAUGUUUUAAUGACUUCUCUUGAAAUAAAAUGUCGUAAUCUACU